AUGGCGACCGACUACGAGCGCGGGACAGCGCCCGUCUCUUUGCGCUCGGAUCUUUCGGGUGGCCUCCUCUCUCAGGGGGCCGAGCCCGAGGCUGCUGACGGCGCUGACGCCCACGCGGCAUCCGCAUCGCUGGACGAAGGGGCCACCUCAUCGAUCGAACCAGCGCCUACGGCCGAAGCGCUUCAUCCGAAUGGAGGCUCCACCCCAUCCGGCUCGAGGCUGAGAGGGCCACGCCUCGCCUCACAGCCUCGCGGCCUUCAUGAGCGUGCCCGCAACGCCAGCGGCGGCACCAGCAUCCUCGAUCGUGAGCACGGAGUCAAUCCGAUGAUCAGCGCCCACCGCUCGCCGUACCCGUCCGCCUCGCCCUAUUUCCUGACCGUCAUACCUCCGCUGAACUUUCCGGUCGCAUCCGGUUCCGACUCGAGCCAACUGGACCGACUACGCAGAGGUUCCCUACUGCCCCUCUAUCCGACGCUUGGCGGCCAGCUGUGGGCAAUCUCGCGCGAGUACGGGUUACCGUCGAUCGGCGGUCUGCUCGUAUACCUGGCCGAGGAUGUCGAGGGCAAUCUCGGACCUCAGAUCGGCGACGCUGCCUGGACCGCCUUGUGGUCGCGCUACUUUGCCGACGACGACAGCGCCUUCUUCAGCUCGUUUGGCACGCCCAACAGCCGAUCCCACAAGCGGGCCAACGAUGCUUCCGACAGCGCUCUGGGAUCCAACGAGUCCGACCUGUCUCGCUCCAGCGACCUCGAGCUACCGCGAUCGCGCAACGCCCGCGACGGCAGCGCCAGCAACCGACCCUCGCCGCGCCUCAAUACAAAGGCGCAUCUGCGGAGAGACCCCGCAGCCAUGGCGGCCGAUUGGAGCCCGUCCACGCGCAGCAUCGCAUGGUCUGGCCGGGGCAGUUCUUUGGCCAACCGGACGAACGCCUCACUGUCCGUCGAGCGUAUGGCCGCGCGCCUGCCGAUCGUGGGCAAGAUCGAAUGGAUCGUAGACGAAGGCAAGGCUUCCUGGUGGGAUGCGUGGGCCGCCCGGAAAGCGGCGCAGUCGGAACCACCAGCAGCUCGCGCCGCCAGGAGGAGCAUGCAUCUUCAGAAUAUCAGCAAGCCCUCAGGAGCCUCCCGGACUCCCAUCGGAGACCCAGCAUUGUCGGAAUCGACCGCGGCGGGGCCGUCCCCUCUUGAGAGCCACGCCAACUCCGCCACGUCGCCUCGACCAUCUAGAACAUCCCAGCCGCCCGCAAGCCACAGAGAAGCAGAGCCCAUCGACCUCAGUCUUCUCGGUUCCGACGAGCCAGCUGAAACUUCGCAGCACUCUGCGAGGGAGAGGAGUGCGAGGGACACGCCGCCAAGGGAUGCGGGCCCAACGAUCCCAUCCCCGUCAUCCAACGGAUUUCCGCGCGGUGACACGUCAGGUCCGGAUGAUGUUCUCGUCAAGCCUCGAUCUGCAUCUCGCCCGUCGCUGCCGUCUUCUGCCACGCAAGGCUAUGUUGAGUCGAGCUCCGUACGGACAGGCAGCGCGAGUAGUAGCAGCGGCAGCCCGAGUAGUAGCAGCGGCAAGCCCGUGCGAAGCGACAUCCGCCAGCUCACGCCGUCCGUCGGCCGCAAAAGCAUGCACAGCCACGUGUCGGCUGGCGACGACAGCUAUGCCGGCUACUCUGCGCUGCUGGAAGACGGUGACGUACACAACGAGGACGGCAGCGUACGAGCAAGCGACCAAGACCCGCAGGUGCAUCCACGCUCGAGCCCGAGCGAACAUUAUUCACCGCUUGCCAGCGAAGGCGAUGACGAUUUCGAUCGCGAGCGACACGACGAUCGCAGCGGCAGCACAAGAGGUCAGGACGACGUCCCGACCUUUGAUCCAAAAGUCAGCCUCUUGCCUGACGGCGUCGAUGACGACGCAUGGAGGGACCUUCGCCACAGCACUUUCGAUGCGCAACGGCCGAGCGAGUCCAGCCUGCACGCGGCGACGCCGGUGCAGCGCUCCCCGUCGGAACGAGCAGUCGAUGCCAUCGCCGACCGGGAACAUCACAACUUCCUACUGGCCACGCCCAACACCGUACGCCUGUCGCAGUCGGCGAUCGACCGCCACGUCUCGAUGUCGCCCCAGGUGGGCAUGCAGGUCGACGACGUGCACAGGUGGAUCGAGAAGACCUCGGGAAGCCCCAGGUCGCACGCGAAUGGGGUCCCGAUCGAGGGCGAUGAGAACGUCCUUGCCCGCCUGCCAGAGCCAAUAGCAGGACACGAGGCGAGCGCCGCCGCUGCCGUCGACGACGACUUUGAGCUACAUGAUGACGCAUAUCCGUCCGACGUCCGCGAGGUGGUAAGCCUAUGGGCCAAUGAGGUGGCUCGAUCGUCCGAGCAUCUGCCCCUGAUCGACCCACCUUCCGAGUCGCAUCCGGAAUCGCAUCCGGAGUCGCCCAAAGGCGCGGCCGACCACGACCUGAACAGGCCGGCAGAAACCGACGAGGAGCGACCUACGAGCGGCGAGGGCACCAAUGGUCUCCAGGUGGCGUCCGCCAACCCGCCCGCCGUCGACGAGGGAUCAAGACAAGCCCUACUCAGCCCGUUUGCACUGGACGAGGCCGCCUUUGCCGGUCCUCGACCGGAUCUUGGCGAUCUCGCCUCUUCUCCCGUGGCGACCGCGGAAGAGAGCCCCGAGCCGAGCCCUGCUGCUCACCAGGCGCCGGUUCUUAACAUCCAACCUUCGCAAUCUGCUGGCUCACUGGCUCGGGAAGGCGACGCCCAGGCCCUCGCUGACACGCAGGCAGCUCCAAGCACGCCUCUGGUCGGUGGGCGCCCACCGCCGCUCAGCAUUGAAACUCAGAUCCAGCGAGACGGACCGAGCGCCAGCCGCAGGAGCAGCGCCGACAUCAGCGAUUCGCUCGAAGACAUGCAGAAGGCCUUGGAACUCCUCACGCCCGCUCACUCGCCCAACCCCGGCGCGUUCCCUUCGGGCAAGCGUGUACCGAGCCGGGACAGCUUCGCCUUCGCAAAGACGCUGUCGGCCUCGGUGACGCCGAGUCCGAGAUGGCUGUCGCGGGCCAAGGCGCGACAAAGCCGCGCCGAGCCCCAGAGCUCGUACGUCUCGAGCGACAGCGCCUUUUUCCGCGGCCACGUCUCCCCGCGACCGGCCAGCGCGUCCGCAGCCAUGAUUGGCCCGCGGAGAAACGAUUUGCAGGUUCCGAUCAGCGCUUCGCGGCUCGCACAGUUCAACGAGGUGAUACAGGCCGAGCAACGUUCUCCAGACCGGCAGUCGGCAGGCGCGCGAGCCUCGAGCACGAUGCAGGCUCCGUCCGACGCCGAGCCUCUCAGUCCUCUCGGAAGACAGAUUCUUCAACGUGACUCGAAGGGCACGCAAUCCGCUCUGGAGGGCUCGCCAGAUCACCGCCUCCCGUUGGAGCCGACGAUGAAGCCCAGCACCUCGCCUGACCAGGACGGGCGUUCGGAUGCAUCGUCUCGCCGAGCGAGUCACGCCGCGCUCACGCAUGCGGACACACGCUCACAGCCGACCCAGAAUCAGAGCUCGCACGAGGAUCGAGCAGAAGCGGGAACUUCGGCCACCGGGUGGCAGCAAGCACAGGGCGAGCCAGAAGAGGCGCAGCAAGACCAGCACGAGGCGUUGCAGCAGAGGUCUUUGGGCCACGACGAGGACCAGUCCGACGAAGGUGAAAGCUCGAUCGUGGAUCAUGGGCGCAACGCGCAGAGAUACUCGGGCCUCUCGUCAGCGAUCUCGGCGCACGGCAACGACGUCGCCUCAAUGCAGUCGAAGGAUGACCUGGCUCCGGGUCGGCCAGAAAACGGUACUCGACCGGCGAUGCUCGAGGACCACGACGAGCUCUUGGGCGCCCAGGGGACCGCAGAUGCAGCCUCGGUCCCGGCGGCCGUGUCCGCCGCGACAAAGGCGAUCGUGCCUGAGGCCGCCAUUGUCGACACGCAGCCCCUCAACUUUGCCCGUCGCGCUCCGAUGGUCACCCUGGGAGACGAAGCGACCGAUGCGAGCAAGCGUCUGUCGGUCAGCUCAGAAGCAGCGGCGACGAUCAGGCGAUCACCGGCCAAGAAAGACCAUCCCCUCUUUGGACCGAGCUCGCUGUCGAUGUACACGCUCCGAGACUGCGACAUCGAAGCGCUGUCCGGCGACCCCGAGCAGGGCAUGGCGUCGAUCGAGCGCUUCCUCCGCGGCAACUCCUUUGCCGAAUCUUCGGCAAUCCCUUCCGCGGACAACAGCCCUGGUCUUCUGCUCGAGGAGGGCGCCAAGCAGCUCGGCUCUGACGGGCCAUUGGAGCCACAGUCGCUUCCGGUUUCACACGACGCGCAAGGGUCAGGCGAUGACGAGGUCGCCGUGUCGAAUUCGGACGCCGGCUUUGCCAAGGCCAAAGCCAAUGGCGCCGCUGCAUCGGAGAGGUGGAGCCAGGGCAGCCAGAGCCAGAGCAACUGGACCGGGCCUUCGCGCCAAUCGCUCCUCUCGUCCUCCUACGACCACGACCGCGACCCAGAGACGCCUCUGUCUGGGCAAGGGCAGCUGAUCAGCGCUGCGCAGCGCCACGCAGUUGACAAGGACGCCAACGUCAGUGACGCCAUCCUCACGACGAGCCCGGAGGCAAGCGACCACCUCUUUGCGCCCAGGGUCGAUCCUGACCACGGCCGCAGCGCCGAUGGAGGGCCGCCAGCUUCGAUCGCGGGAACCGCCCGGCUGGUCGCACAUUCGAAGGACGGGGAUCGACAUGGGUCAGGCGACGGUGCUGAUGGCACCCACUUCGGCACGACGGGGCUGGGCGACUGCAAGAACGAGGGGGCGCUCGACGACGACGAGAUCCGUCAGAUGACCGAGUCGACGCGGGCCGCAGUGCGCGAGGCACUUUCGUUCCGUUCGUCGCCCGAUCCGAUCUACCUGCCGCAGAGCCCCAUCCUGCGAAGCCCGACGCAGAGGGCGGCCUCUGCGUCUCCCUCGUCGCCGAUCUCGACGGGCUCGUUCACCAGCAUGAGCCGGCGCAGGACGUCGAGCUCGAGCCUUUCUGGACGCAAGGCAUCGGCCCCGCUCAGUCUGAGCCUCGACAUUGACGGCGGCGGCACGGGCAAGACGCACGCGGCCGCCCGCAGGUCGGGAUCACCCUCGCCCAACCAGCGCUUCCGCACGCUGCCCCCCUCUCCGCGCAUGAUCCCGAGCCAGUUUGGGCCGAGCAGCCCGCUCAGCGCGACGUUCCCGACGGCCGCGGGCGCAACCAACGCCCUGGGCAGCCCGACGUCGAAGCUGUCGCAUUCGUCGCGCUUCGACGACCUCACGUCGCUCACAUGA